ACCUGUUCUACGCCCUUGGAUUAAUCUCUACUCAUUUUCCCUCUUUUUGUUCUACUGGCAAGUUUCUUAUUCUUCUCAGUCACCGUUUUAUUCUGUGCGUUCAAUGCCUCGAGUUUACUAUGGCGAGUAAUAAUAACGAGGCUACCCCUUUGGUAGUCGACGGAGGGAAAUCCAUGCCUAAAAAGCGUCGCAACCAGAAAUGGGACGAAAUCAAGACAAGCGCCUUCCAGAUCUACAUGGUUGAGGAUAAUGAUCUAGCGGUCACUAUGGCAAAGAUUGAGACAGUUUAUGGGUUCAAAGCAAGGUACGAUAUAAAAUUUGACACCUACACUGAAGUCUCACAUAAAUUCUAGCCCCAGAGGAUGGAAAGGCCAGAUGAAAGAAUGGGGUUGGCACAAGAACAUACAGCAAUGCGACAUGCAAUGGAUUGUUGCCAAAGGAACAAAACGUGCACGAGAAGGCAAAGACACGGAUUAUUUCUAUGGAGAAACCCAGGUCACAGCACAGAAAAUCGAAAACUUUAAGAGAAGGAAGACAGCAGAAGUGCCUGACAACAUGCCAACGCCUCCGAAUGUCAGAUACAAUACCCCUUCCAACGCGGACAGCAAAUUGCACUCUAUCGAGGGAUAUGCAGGGAUCGUCUCGUACAGCUCACCUCUGUCCCAAAUGUCUGACCUUUAUAUGGAGGAGGCUAACAUAGCUGAGUCACUUUGUUCUCAGAAUGAGAAUACUCCUACUGUCGCAAUUGAGCCACCAGCGAAAUACAAAUCCACGCUCGAUGAGUGCCUGUCUAAUAAAGACGAUCCUUGGACUCCUUUCUCUUUGUACCGGCUUGGCGACUACGACGCUAUACUAGCUAAGCAUAGCCAGAAGCUUGAGCAAGUUUUAGAAUUUGAGGCUUGUCUUCAGGUAGAGGAUUCCCUAGGCGAACUCAGUGGCAUCGAAGAUCUAUUCCUCAUAGAACCUUACUCUACAAUGGACUGGGAGCAAGAGAAUUCUUCCGACGCACUUGCUGUGGACGACGCAUUCGGUCUUUCCUUAACACUUGCCGAAUACCGGCAUAAACAAGAAUGCUCGGUUCUUGAAAUCACCAAUUCAGCAAAGCACAUGCAUCAAUGUCUCCUCGAGCACUUCUCUCAUGAGAAUCCCUUCCUUGACGAGGGUGCAGAGGCAACAGCUCACCUAAACCAUGGGCUUCCUCUAAGGAGGGAAGGGAAAUGGACGUCUUGUGCCGGGCAACUCCUCCAAGACUGCGAAUCUGCAAUGAACUCAGGAGCCCAUGAUAGCCAGCUUAUUCUUCGUCUGGGGAGCGACUUCAUAAAACUCUUUCUAAACGUCGAUAAUGAAUCCAACGAGAGCGACUCUCUUGUGGAAACAUUCCGGCAGGAGCUGCGUCAAGGUCUAGGUCAAAACUCUGAUUUCCAGGACAUCUUGAAAGCUACUCGCGAUGUAGCCAUUGAUCAGUAUUUGUUAGCCAACUACCCUGAUCACUGUGUGCGCCCCAAGUACCUCACAGAUACCACGCAGUUUGGAUGGCUAUCGGGGGCUGCCAACUCUGCACACAUAGACAAAGAUCUUAGCUCGACAGGCAGUUUGAGCGCGAGCGUAAGCCACAAAUACGGAUUAACCUACUCAUGCGGCGAGAUCUCCGGCAUAAGCGAUUCGAUCUUCAUGGCAUGCUGACCCUCCCUGUUCGACCGACUCACUCGGCUAUCUACAGACAUCCAAGGGCGCAGUGCAUCGCGUAGCCAGAGGUUGACCCGGUCUCGUGUGAUCGAGGCGGUCGUCAUCUCAAAUUUAAUGAAAGGCUGGGAGCGGGCAGAUCCGAGGGGGCGGGGGAUAGAGCACCAGAUGGUAGUAUGUGAACAGAA